CUACAGGAGGGUGGCAGCGACCUACUGGCACACGGAUUUGUGCCCAGGGCUACUAGUUUUCCCAUAAAGAUAGCAUUGAACUUUUCUAUUAGCAUACCCUGAAGCUUUCCUGCUUGGCAUUGGUCGCAGAAUUGAAACCAGAAAUUCACUGCAAAUUCAGAAAACAACUGCACAUUGAAUUUAAGGUGAGAAUAUUAAAAGAAUCACGACCAGUGAUAUUAGACUUGGAUUUCUUUAUCUUUUUAGACAUCAUGGCUUUACUACCAGCCAUUCUUUCCAGCCUAUUCACAAUACAAUUUGUUCUAGGAUAUUUUGCCAAUGGCUUCAUAGCACUGGUGAACUGCAUUGACUGGGUCAAGAGACAAAAGAUCUCCUGCGCUGAUGGAAUUCUCACUGCUCUGGCUGUCUCCAGAAUUUGUUUGCUCUGUGUAUUAGUACUAAAUUGGUAUGCAAUUGUAUUUAAUCUAGCAUUUUAUAGUUUAGAUGUAAAACUUAUAUUUCAUAUUGCCUGGAUGACAAGCCACCAUUUUAGUCUGUGGCUUGCUACUAGCCUUAGCAUAUUUUAUUUGCUCAAGAUAGCCAAUUUCUCCAGCCUUUUAUUUCUUCACCUCAAAUGGAGAGCUGAAAGAGUGGUUAUCAUGAUACUGUUGGGGGCUUUGGUCUUCUUGGUUUUUCAUCUUGCAGUGGUAGGCACAGAUGAAAAAAUGCAGAUGAAUGAAGAUAAAGGAAACAUCACUUGGGAGACUAACUUGGGGGACAUUAUGCACCUUUCAAAUCAGACUUUAUUCAUGCUUGCAAACUUCAUACCCUUUACUAUGUCCCUGGCAGCUGUUCUGCUGUUAAUCUUUUCCAUGUGGAAACAUCUGAAGAACAUGCAGCUCAGUGGCAAAGGAACUCAAGAUCCCAGCACCGAGGUCCACAUAAGAGCCAUGCAAACUGUGAUCUCCUUUCUCUUGGUAUUUUUCAUUUUUUUCUUCACUCAAAUCAUCUCACUUUGGAAUUCGAGUACUCAGCAGAACAAUUCGCUUCACAUGGUUUGCAAGGUUCUUGGAAUCCUGUAUCCGUCAAGCCACUCAUUUAUUCUGAUUUGGGGGAAUAAGAAGCUGAGACAGGCCUUUCUGUCAUUUCUGUGGCAGUUGAGGUGCUGGUUGAGGAAAGGGAAAUAAGUGGGGCACCUUGUGUCUUUUGGCAGAAAACAAACUGAUGGAGUCCAUAACAUUUGUACUUCCUACAUAUUUCUUAGUGUGUAUAGA